AUGCUAAGAGAACUUCAUAUUUCACACAUGGGUGUUGUGCGCAUGAAAAUGUUGGCUCACUCGUAUAUCUGGUGGACAACGAUGGAUUUACAGAUUGAAAAUAAAUGUAAGCAAUAUAGUCAUUCUAAAUGGAUUGAUAUAAGGGAAUUAAAUAAUAUAACUUCUGAAACAACUAUUGAUGUUUUUAGAGACUAUUUUACCACUUGGGGAUUACCAAAUACACUUGUUACAGACAAUGGUCCAACAUUCACUUCUAAGCUAUUUGAAGAUUUUAUGAUUUCUAAUGGAGUCUUGCAUCAAAAGACUGCACCUUAUCAUCCAGCAAGUAAUGGAGCCGCUGAAAAUGUUGUAAAUACUUUUAAGGCUAAGAUUAAAAUACUAAUUAAAGAAUUUUCAUCGAGAAAAGAAGCUUUAGCUAAAUAUUUGUUCCAUUAUAGAUUAUCUCCACACUAUACAACAGGUGUAAGUCCAGCUGAAUUGCAAUUGGGAAGAAAAUUUCGUACACGAUGGGAUUUAUUGAAAGAGAGAAUCAGAAAUACCGUUACUCUCAAACAGCAAGAACAGAAAAAACACUUCAGAGGAAACAGAGAUAUAACUUUUGAUGAAGUUGUUAUGUCUAGAGAUUAUGCGAAUAAUAAUUGGCGGAAAGCUGAAGUUAGUGAUCAUACUUCAAGAACACCGGAAAAAUGUGGAAGUUCUAUUUCUAUUGUACAUCAGAGUAAUUCGAAUGUCAAAGAGAUGUCGGGUGUGUGUGAGAAUGAUGUGGCAACGGCUGCUAGUAGUGUUAGCGAUCAAUCAAAAAUUUUACAAAAUACUUGUAGUCCGAAAUCGCAUGUUGUUAUUCAAGAUAAUCAUGUUCAAGAACAGAAAACCGCUGAUGAAGUUCCAACUUUACGACGUUUAUCUAGAGUUAUUAGAGCUAGGAAAAUUCUUGAUUUAUAA